AUGCUCAAUAAAUAUUCUUCUCUCUUCUUCUACAACUUUAAUCACACACACUUUAUUUAUUUAUUUACAUUUUUAAUCAACUACUUCAAAUCAUUCAUACAACUUCCCCCUUCCCCCUUUUUGUUUCUAUCUGAUCCUAGAAUCUUCACAAUCAAAAGACAGAUUUUUUUUUUUUUUUUUUUGACAAUGUUCAAAAGAGUAUUUGGAUUAUUCACAUCAUCAACUAGGGAUUUAUCAGACACUAAUAAUGAUAAUGAUGAUGAAAAGAAGGAGAAACAGGAAAGAAAGCAAAAGCAAAUUCAGAGAAAUUCUCGAAUUCGACCUAAAACUGAUUCUCACAUUUAUCAUGCUAAACUCAAGCUCAAGCUCAAGGCCAAAGCCGAAGCCGAAUCCAGGUCCCAAUCGACACCCAGAACCACGAGUAACAACUCAUCAAGUAAUAAUGCAUUGAUUUCACUGAUACGACUGCCACAGGGACUGAAAUUAGCAUAUCGACUGUCACUGAUAGGAGUAAUGAAUCCCCAACAAACUUUAAAUGAUACCGUAAUCGAUGAUUCUAAUGAUAAUGAUGAUAUAUCGAAUUCUAGUUUAAGGAAUUUCCCAUCUUCACCAACAAAACAAGCCAUGGCUCAACAUAAAGCACAAACUCAUGAUCAUGACAAUAAUUUACAUCAAUAUCAACAAGUUGAUUUACAACCAAUUGAUCCACUACCACUACAACAACAACAACAACAACAACAACAACAACAGCUGAAUGAUCGAUUUGUCGUGCCAUCGACUUCGUCACCACUACCACUCACAAUAAUCAAUAAAAAACGACCUCAAGAUCAACUCCAUAACUCUAAUACACGGAAAUUCAAUGGUGGUAAUAUCCCAAAACGAAGAAAAUUGACACGUGCUACAUUAGCAACAACAACUACAGGAAAUAUUCGUAUAAAUAGUGGCAAUACCAAUGGUAUUGAUAAUCAAUUGAUUUCAUCAAAAUCAUCAACGAAUCUGCCAUUAAAACAUAAAACUACUACCACUACCACCAACACCACCACCACCACCAAUAACUUUAAACAGAUAAAAGGAGUAAAUCAAUUACAUCAAAAUAAUUAUAAAUUGAAUCUUUCUAAAUCAAUUCCAGGUUUUAAUCAUAGUUUAAGUAAAGAUAUUGAUCAUUAUGGUCAUUCUCGAUUAAAAAAUCUUAAAAAACCAUCAAUUCCAUCAAUGGCAACAUCUUUAAUCCCAUCUUCAUCGUCGUCAGGAUCAGGAUUAAUAACUCAUUCAGUAUCAAAAAUUCAAGAAAUGGAAGAAAUCAACAAUAAUCAAGUUCCAAGUAAUGAUCUUGAUACGAGCAUCAAUAAUGUUUAUGACAAUAUGGAUAAUAAUAAUGAUUAUGAUUAUGAUUAUGAUCCUGAUCCAAUAGAUUCAGUAGAACCAGAAAUAUAUUUAUCAGAAGAAGAAGAAGAAGAAGAAGAAGACGAAAAUGGGAAAGAUAUAAAGGAAAAGAUGUUGGAUAAAGAAGUUGUUGAUUCUGAAUCAGGAAAUAAUGAUACUACUGUGGUUAUACAAACUAAUGAUGACUUGGAAACUAAGAAACAUCAACAACAGCAAAAGAUUGUUGAAGAUGAUAUACCUAGGGAGAGGGAAAUAUUGAUGAUUCAUUCUCCAGGAGAAAAGCAAAAGCUAAAACGACUGCAACGAAAACAAGAACGACAAUUGCAACUGCAACUACAACUACAACUGCAGAACCAAAAAAGUGUAUCACCACAGAAUGAAACUGUGGAUAAUCAACAACUAGAGGAGCCAAGCGAACAAAACCAACUUAAUGCUAAUAGAUCUCAGGAAGAACAAGUUGUAGAAAAUCAACCAACUCGACCUCUGAAAAGUCGUACAUCAAAGAAACCUCAAAAACAAUAUUUUCAAAGUUGGAAAGAAGAAGCAGCUUUAUUAAAACAAAAAUUGGCUAAUGAUCCAACAUUUCAUUUCUCAAGUGAUAAAACUCAACAAAUUGAUGAAGAUAAUGAUAUAAUAAUUGAAAAAAUAACUCAAUUACGUGGAUGUCAAAUUUUAUCUCCAAAUCAAUCAAUCAAAAAAGAAUUUGAUCAUAUGGACUAUCGUAAAAGCAAGCAUAAAAUCCCUCCAACAUCAAAAUAUUAUACUAUGGAUGAUUUUUUCAAAGUUAGAUCGGAUAAUAAUUCAACAAGAAUAAAACAACGACAACGACAACGACAACAACAACAAACUGAUAACAGUACUUUGAAUUCCAGAAAUAAUGAAAAAUCAACUCCAGAUCCACAACCACAACCACAACAACAACAACAACAACAACAACAACAACAACAACAACAACAACAACAACAACAACAACAACAACAACAACAACAACAACAACAACAACAACAACAACAACAACAACAACAACAACAACAACAACAACAACAACAACAACAACAACAACAACAACAACGAAAACAACAACAACAACAACGAAAACAACAACAACAACGACAACCACAACGACAAACUAAUAACAGUACUUUGAAUUCUAGAAAUAAUGAAAAAUCAACUCCAGAUCCACAAGUACAACCAAAACCAGAGUCGCAACCAGAAAAAUCACCAACUGAGACAGUAGCUAACUCAACUAAACGAAAUAGGUCGAAUGCAUCAUUUGUAAGGAAACAUGACAUAUUAGAUGAUUUGGUUCAGGAUAGUUCAGAAGAAGAAAAUCACUUAACCGAUUCAACUCGUUGGGCAAGAAAACGUAAGUUGUCACUGUCCUCCUCCUCCUCAACAUUAUCAUCACAUAUUGACAGUGUUGAAGAUUUGCAAUGUGAAGUAAUUGAUAUCACUGGAUCACCAGAUUAUUCUACAGUGGUAAGAGCAGCGCUUGAUAUAAAAACUCUGAUAACAGAAAAAGAUGUAUCUACAGAAGAUGGUGAAACAACUGCAACAUCGCCCACAAAACAUUUUGAAAAUAAUUCAAAUAUUGAAAGUGAAGUGUCGCUGCUGGAAAGUCCAGUACCUCAAAAAGAGAUUUCUUCAAUUCCAAAAUUGACUUAUACUAGGAGUGGUCAAUCAAAGAACAAGUCUCAUGACACUGGGAAACUUUUACAGCCACAAUCCAAUGAUCUGAGCAAAUUAUCUCCAAGAAGGAAAGCAGGAGGUUCAACUUCACAAAAAGUGUCCCACCAACUGGAACGUCUUGAUUCUCAAGAAAGUCAAGGUAAUCUUUCACAAGAGAAAUACGGAGACGUUGAACUAUCACCAAGUAAACUUCCACCUGAUGAACAACAAGAAGAUAGUGACUACGAAUUUGAUAAUGUUGAUUGGCCAGGCGAUGAUAUUGUACCGGAGAAUAUGGUGACUUAUUCACAAGAACAACAAAAAAAACUACCACCACCUAAUACAAAUACCGAUGAUAAUGAAGCAUUUAUUGAUAAUGAAAUUAAUAAAUCAAACAAUGCUAUUAGUAAUCCUCGUCUUGCUGAACGGGAAAACACUAAUGAAAUGACUGACAAUUUAGAGGAACUUCAUCAUUCUGUGACUAGUAAGAAGUCUCAUGAAACCAAUACAGAUGAUGCAAAUACAAGUAUAUAUAAUCACUUACCAGAUUCACCAUCAUCCAAAUGGCAUGAUCAAAUUGAUUCAACACAAUCAAAAUCAUCUCAUCAUAUCAUUGAAACAGAAGAACAAGAGAAUACAUUAGCCAAUGAUAAAGUUAUUGAGCCUUUCACUCAAGAAACUGAAUUAUUAAUGUCUCGUUUACCAUCAGAAUUACAAACGACAAUUUCAAGGAAUAUUUUAUUGACAUUGACAAAACAAGAUAAUCCAAAUAAUGACAAUAGUAAUGGUGAUUCCGAAGUAUAUACUGAGACACAUGUUGCUGACACUGAAAACAAUCAACCUGUUGUAUUACCAUCAUCUAAACAAAAUGAAACCACAAUAUCAUCACCAAAGACUAGUAUAAGAACACCUCAAAUAUUUACCAGAAACAAUAAAAAAGUUUCAAAAGAUCGAAUUAAGGUUAGUAAAAAUGUUAUGAGAUUAUUGAAUAGUUCUGAAGAAGAAGAAGAAGAAGAGAAUGUUCAGGUUAUGGUUGAAAAUGCAAAUGAGAAUUUGGAGAAUAAUAGAUCAGAUGAUCAAAAUAAUGACAAAACUCCACCUAUGGAGUCUACUAUUGAUCCUGAAAACCAUCAAAAUGAAAGUAAUAAGCCUGAACUGACCCAGGAACAGCCUCAAACUCAAGAACAACAAACAACAACUCAUAAACCAAAUAUUGUUAGUAAUGAAUCUGUUCAACCUUCUUCUCCAACACAAUCACCAUCAGAAACUCAAGUAUUAGAACGAGCAAAUCAAAGAAAUGUUGAUGUUAGUUGGGAAGAUGAUAUUGAAGAUAGUGAUUCUGAUUUCUUCAAAGAAAUGGAUGCCAAAUACGAUUUGGUAGCAUAUUCUAAAUCUAGAAAAUCAAAAAGUAAUGAAAUUGUUUUUGAGAAACAGUCCAAUGAUAAAGUUAUCAACUCUGUUCAGACUGAGACUUUCAAUGGUGUAUCACCACAAGUAACUAAUCAUGAACCUCACAAUGUUGUCAAUGAUCAAUCCAAAGCUGGCAAUGAGACCCAAUUACAUGAGACAACAGAAGGUAAAGAAGAAAAGAAUACUGGUGAAUAUCAUCAUACAGAUUCAAUGAUGAAACUGAAUCCUCGAGAUAUGGAUGUAUUAAUGUCAGACAUUGAAUCUGAAAUUUCCAUUACAAACAUAAAGAACCAGGACUUUCCACCGAUUCAAGAAUCAAACUCCAAUGAAUAUGCUUCACCUGGAAAUGACUCUGAACUGUGCAGUGAACCAGACAAUGAUGAUUCAGAAGAUAAUUUAUAUAACAGGUUGAAAUAUGCUGGGGUUCAAAGUUCAUUAGCUUGUACUACAAAAUUAAGAGAUAAAGGUAAAGUAUCUCAACAACUUGAAACAAAAGAUAUCGAUGAACCCAAAUCAUUGAUUCAUACCAUCAAAUUAUCCCCUCAGGAUCUUUUGGGUAUAAUUGACCCAUUUCCCAAAACAUUUAUGCACACAAUCAAAUUAUCUCAUGGAUUUUUUAGGCAUAAAAUUAAACUACCUACUCAUCUAUUAAAUUCAUUGAAUAACUCAACAGAAACUGCCAAGGAUACAACAACAACUCAAUUACCAGAAGAUUUGGAACUGAAUUUGGAUUCUAUGAAAUUUAAUGAGAACGAAAAGGAAAAGGAAAACGAACCUAUAAAAGAACCUACCAAGGAGCCUGCAAAAGAACCUACAAAAGAACACACGAAGGAACCUGCAAGGAAACCUAUAACUUCUACUAUUAGAUCCCUAAUGGAUGUGUAUGCAUCAAUUCCAGAUUUGGAGCAAAUACCGCCCCCACCACCACCACCACCUAUCAACCCAGUUAUUGUAAAUGAACCACAAAGGAAAAGUUUUGGUAUAAAAGCACUAUUAGAGAAGUUUCCUCCUCCUGAGAAAGUCACAAUACCUGUUUCUGAAAACGUUGAGAAUAUCAAAAGUAAACCCAAUCAAUUGGAUAGAAUUAUUUCUCCUGAUACUGUUGAAAAAAGUAGCAAAUCUUCAUCUAUUGAACAAGUUAGAAACCAGUUUGAUGAGAAAUUACUGCUUAAUAAUAAUAAUAACGUAACUGAUGGUAAUAAUGUUGAAACAAGUAAAUCAGAAUCUAAAUUGCCGAUUGAAUUUUUGAAUAAUCCAAAGUCAGAAUCCAAGGGAAAUGAUUUACGAAAAGAUGAUGACUUGUCGAAACUUCAACCUCAACGGGUUUUCAUAGAUUUGUCAUUAGAUGAUGACAGUAGUAGUAGUAAAAGCAGUGAUAAAAAUGAAGGUGAUGGUGAUGUUGAGGGGGAUGUCAAUAAUGAGAAUAACACAAAUAUUGGUGAGGAUGGCAUGGAUGGUGUUGUUCGUGAAGACAAUAUCAAUAGUACUACUACCAAUAAUGAACCUGAGUCAAAUGAUAAACCCGAACAACGGAUCAAUCUUUCUUUAGAUAUUUCAACCUGUGGAGAUACGUUAGCUCCAGGUGCAUUAGCUACUGCUUAUGAACAACUUUUGAAGAAUGACAUGUUAAGAAAUAUUUUAGCUUCAAACGGAACGUCAUUAUCUGACAAAAACGAAUCAAGUAAUACUGUAAAUCAGGAUUUAAAUCCCUCGAAAGAAAUUACACAUCAAGAAAAUGAUUCAUCAAUGGUAAUCGAUUCAAAUGAAGAUAUCUUGCAACAAAUCAAAAACAAAUAUCGUGCAAAAUAUGAAAAGUUUACAAAUUUCAAUAAAAAUGAAGAAUCGAGGUCAAAAGAAAAAUCUGGGAAUUCGAUAGCUUUAAUUGGUAAUAAUAAAGAAUCAAGAUCUCGUCAUUCGAAUCCUUCAGGAAAUGGUCCUGAUACGUCUAAUAGAUCAGAUAAUCCCUCUACAACAACUGCAUCAGAUAAAUCAGAUAAAUCAAAUGGUGUCAAAGGUAAAACUAGGCAAAGUAUAUUACAUGAUUGGAAAGCCUUAUCACUUGAUUCUGAUAUUAAUAGUAGCAGAGGUGAUAAAUCUACGAAUUCUCAAGCCAAUGGUGAAAGAAAUCAGAGUAUUGUAACAUUGAAGGAAAUUGAAGAUAAUAUUAUAUCAAGUACUAAUGGAGAAACAAAUCUGAAAAAAUUGGAAAUCAAUCAUAAUAAUAAUAAUGCUAAAGAUAAAGAUAGUAACAUUGAUGAUAUUGAUAAUGAUUGA